AUGGGGGGGGGGGGGGGCAUUUUUGAUCCACGUACAAUCGAGUCGGCAAAACACACCAUCGCCGACUUUAUGAAGACAGCAUUCUCACAGCCAAAUAUCUCCACAACCGCUGUUAUCUGCUCGGCUGUGGUGGGUCUUUUUGCUUACGAGCAAUAUGUCUAUCUCAACAAGAAGAAGGGAUUGCCUGGUCCUCAGUUCAAGAUUCCCAUCAUUGGCGCCUUUACAGACUCUCUUUACCCCACCUUUGAGGGUUAUAUGAGCAAAUGGAAGAGUGGUGAAUUAUCUUGCGUGAGCGUAUUCGAUAGAUUCGUUGUCAUUGCCUCCACCUGCGAUCUUAGCCGCAAGAUUCUCAACGCACCCGUCUAUGCUGAGCCUGCCGUAGUUGACUCUAUGAAACAUAUCCUUUGUGCUGAUAACUGGGUUUUCUUGAGUGGAAAAUCCCACGUCGAUUAUCGCAAAGGUCUCAAUGUGUUAUUCACCAGAAAAGCCCUAGGAAUCUAUAUCCCUGUCCAAGAUAAGGUUUACAAGAAGCAUUUUGCAGAAUGGCUUUCUUUGAAUGGCGAAAAGGGUCAAUAUCAGUUGCGUUUCCGUGAACUCAACAUGGAGAGUUCUCUUCGUGUGUUCUUGGGUGAUCAUAUGUCGGAUGAGGUUGCAUCCAAGAUCUCACAGGAAUACUUCAACAUCACUGCCGCACUUGAGCUCGUAAACUUCCCCAUUCCUCUGCCGGGUACCAAGGUCUACAAGGCCGUUCAAUCGCGCAAGUACAUCGUCAACCAGUUUGUGGAAUGCAUCAAGGACUGCCGUACUCGUAUGGCAAACGGUGGAGAGACCAAGUCGAUGAUGGACGCCUGGGUCCGCUCUAUGCUUGACACCGAGGCAGAAUUGGCUGCAGCCGGCAAACCUGCACCUCGGAAGUUCGACAACCGUGAGAUUGCCUUGACCAUCUUGACCUUCUUGUUCGCCAGUCAGGAUGCCACAUCUUCCGCCAUGACCUGGGCAUUCCAGCUGACCGCCGACCACCCCGAUGUGCUCCACAAGAUCCGCUCCGAACAAAUGAAGUUGCGUGAGGAGAACCCCGAUCAGGAAUUGACAUUGGAGUUGAUGGAAAAGUCGGUUUACUUGAGACAAGUGAUUAAGGAAGUCCUCCGUAUCCGUCCCCCGGUCCUGAUGGUCCCUUACCAGACCGUGCGCGAAUGGCCCAUCACACCAAACUACACUGUUCCCAAGGGCUCCAUGGUCAUUCCCACCACCUAUCCUGCUCUCCACGACCCUGUUGCUUACCCUAAUCCCGACAACUUUGACCCCGAUAGAUGGGGAACCGAAGGAACUGCUGAGAAAUAUCCCAAGAACUUCAUGGUCUUUGGUAACGGACCUCACCACUGCCUUGGAAAGGAGUAUGCCGUUAUGCAUCUGAUGGCUACAUUGGCAGAGGCAUGCAUGGUAUUGGAUUGGACUCAUUACCGUACUGACAAGAGUGACGAUAUCUCCAUCUUUGCUACCAUUUAUCCUCAGGAUGGUUGUAUCAUGAGCUUCGAACCCAGAAAAUCUCCUGCAUCCAUCAGCACCUAAAAAAAACAACCUCAUCCUCUGUUUGUUUAUCAAACAUUUACCUACAUUUACCUAUCGACCUAUCCUACCACUUCACCCUACCUAACUACUUACCUACUUACCUAACUACUUACCUACCUACCUAUUAUUUUCCUUUUUUUCAUUUAUUUUAUUAUUUUUCUUUACCCUAUUAUAACCUCUCAUUCAGUCUUUAAGUCCAAAACCUCAAACCCGAGUCCAGCCAGUCUCCUCGGGAAACGGUUUUUUUUGUUCACUUUCAUAGACUUAAUCCCUAUCAUUUUUCUCUCUCCCUUUAAUUAUCCAUUUGGUUUCUUUUUAUACUUUUACUUCCUUUUCUCUCUCUCUGUCUCUCUCUCUUUUAUUACUAUUACUAUUACUAUCAUUAUUAUUUAAUACAUAUAUAUGUAUGUAAUUAAUUUUAUUAUUGAGAAAAAAAUAUAUUACAUUCAAUAC